GAUCCCCUGUUACCAUGCUAGAGAAGCCACUGAUGCUAUCAAGCCUAUUCUGGGGGAUUACUAUAGGGAGGAUGGUACUCCUAUAGUAAAGGCAUUUUUGAAGGUCCACAGAGAGUGCAAGUUCAUCGGAGGCCUCAACGGCGUCCAGUUUUACCGUCCUGGGCAGCGGCCGCAGCAGCAGCCCUGCGGCAGCAACGCUCGCACUUCUC